UCAUUUAACUCCACAAAUACGCAGUAUUACAGUAGCCCACCCCAAGGGUCAAGGGUGAAGCAUAAACUUAGAAAUAUGGAAAAGUUGAUCAUUUUCUUGACAGUCCUCUUCUUCCUCUCUUCCUUCACCUCUGCCAAAAUUUCGGUUUUCAACGAAUUUCAGGCUGAUAAUCCCAUUGAAGCGUUCAAUUUAUUCCCAAAAAGACCCGUUAACAUAAUCAAUAGCUCUGAUAAUGGCGAUCUUUCUCACAGCAGCUCAAAAAUCGUCGAAAAGAGGUUCAAAUUUCCCAAUUUCUACGAUCCUAGUGGUGCAACUGUUGAAGAACUGGGCCAUCAUGCUGGUUAUUAUCAGAUUCAACACUCUCAUAAUGCUAGGAUGUUCUACUUUUUCUUUGAAUCACGUAACAGAAAAGAAGACCCUGUUGUUAUCUGGUUAACUGGAGGGCCUGGUUGCAGCAGUGAGUUGGCUCUCUUUUAUGAAAAUGGGCCAUUUAAAAUUGCAAACAACUUGUCCCUUGUAUGGAAUGAAUAUGGCUGGGACCAGGCUGCCAACCUCAUCUUUGUUGACCAGCCCAUUGGGACUGGAUUCAGUUACUCCACUGAUAGACAUGACAUACGACAUGAUGAAAGUGGGGUUAGCAAUGAUUUGUAUGACUUUUUACAGGCAUUCUUUACCAAGCACCCAAGUUUCGCAAAAAAUGACUUCUACAUCACUGGAGAAUCAUAUGCUGGCCACUACAUUCCUGCCUUUGCUGCUUGUGUUCAUAGCAAGAAUAAAGCUAAGAAAGGAAUUCAUAUCAACCUCAAGGGAUUUGCUAUUGGCAAUGGGCUGACUGAUCCUGCAGUGCAGUAUGAAGCAUAUCCUGAUUAUGCAUUAGAGAUGGGGUUGAUCAAGAAAUCAUCCUACAAUGUGAUCACUAAGAUGGUUCCUCUGUGUGAAACAGCAGUAAAACUCUGUGGUACAAAGGGUACAGUCUCCUGCAUGACUUCAUACCUUUUAUGCAACACUAUAUUUACAAGCAUUAGACUGCUAAUUGGUGAUACUAAUUAUUACGAUAUAAGAAAAAAGUGUGAGGGACGCUUGUGCUAUGACUUCUCAAACAUGGAAAAGUUCUUAAAUCAGGAAUCUGUUAGGAGUGCUCUGGGUGUUGGAGACAUUGAAUUUCAGUCUUGUAGCACCACGGUAUAUCAGGCCUUGCUUGUUGAUUGGAUGAGAAAUCUUGAGGUUGGCAUCCCAGCUCUUCUUGAGGAUGGAAUUCAGUUGCUUGUAUAUGCUGGAGAAUACGAUCUCAUCUGCAAUUGGCUUGGCAACUCAAGAUGGGUCCAUGCUAUGGAAUGGAGUGCGCAGCAAGAUUUUGUAGCAUCACCUGAGAUUCCUUUCGAAGUUGAUGGCUCUGAGGCAGGAAUACUGAAGAGCCUUGGUCCUUUGAGUUUCCUCAAGGUUCAUGAUGCUGGUCACAUGGUUCCUAUGGAUCAGCCGAAGGCAGCCUUAGAAAUGUUGAGACGAUGGACUAAAGGCUCACUUUUGCUAUCUACUUCUACGCCUCAAACUUUUGUUGCUUCCCAGUGAUACCUUCUGUUCAACUCUUCUAACAGGGCCUAUCGCAUGAAGAAAUGUUGUACUUGAUCUUUCUAGUGUUUUACGUAGCUUCUGCUGACUGCUUUGGUUUGGCAAUGGUGUAUUUUUGUGCAUUUCUUGUGCAAUUUUCUGAUUUUACCAGGGACUUGAAAAUGAUCUAAACAUGCAUACUUUGGCUAAAGUUGUUCUUUUGUAAACCUUCAAAAUAAAUGUGUAUAUGUUGAGAUAUUUGGGGAACGGAGGAAGUAUUUGAUUGUGUAUUCAAAGACUUUAUUAUUAUACGAGAUGUAUAUAAUGUCGUGCUUUUCUUAA